AUGUUAUCUUUUAAUGUCAUCUAUAUCACAUGUGUUGUAGUCAUAUUUUCCUUACAAUAUAAUAAUAAAGUUAAUUUACAUAACAAAGUACAUAAUAUAUACAAAACAAGAUACUCAUUAAUUAUAUAUUUUAAAAGAUUAUUGAUUGAAUAUAAUGAAACUGUUCAAUUAGAGAAAAAUCCUGAUGAAAAUUCAUCAACAGAAUUGGAUGAUAACGAAAGUACAGUAAGUGUUGAAGAAUGUGAAAAAUCUUUAAAAGAAUUUUUUGAUGAUUGUAAGAGAGAAAAUUAUCCAGGGAAUGUUAUUCAUUUAUGUGAUAAUGUAGAGGAACCAGAAGAAAUUAAAAAAGGGGGAUCUAAAACAAAUCUUUUGUUAGAAGAAUAUGGAGAUCCAGUAGUAUAUGAUAAAGAGGAAAUGAAACUGAUUUCUGAACUUUUGGAUUCUUACCUUGAAGAUGAAAGACAUUUAUGUAUGAUAAAAAGAAUAUUGGACUAUACAAAAAUAUAUAGAAACCCUUUAUUAUUGGCGCGGUAUAGAAUUAAAAAAUUCCUUAAAAGACGUUGCAAAAAAAUUAAAUAA